AUGGGUAUUUCUGGCCUUCUUGGGCUAGACACUGGUAUUGUUAAUUCGAUUAGUUCUUCUGUGGCUGGUGUUGUUGUGGGUGUUGUGGUUGGUGAGAUUGCUGCUUUGGAGAUUGCUAGGGUUGCUACUCUGGAGGUUGCUGGGGUUGCUGCUCUGGAGGUUGCUGAGGUUGCUAUACUAGAGGUUGCUGGAGUUGCUGCUUUGGAGGUUGCUAAUUUGGAAGUUGCUGGGGUUGCUACGGUAGUAGUUUUGGGCCUCUUCAAUGCAUCUUGUAGACUUGGAA